CUCCCUUGUCAGUUGAUUUUUUUUUUCUCGAUGUUGCAUAAUACUUAAGGUAUAAAGGCGAAGCUGAAUGCAAGCUCACAAGCCAAUCUGGCAGCAAGAUGACACUCGCACUGCUCAUUCUCUUCUGUGCAGUCACUGCACUAGAUGCCCAGUCUCCCAACUGGCUCAUCACUGCUCCCAGCAUUGUUCAUCUUGGGGUGGAGGAGACAGUAAGCGUGCACUUUCAUGGGGCAAACGAGCCGGUUGAUGUUAAACUAUCCUUUGUAGACCCCAACUCAAGGAACAAUCUCUCAUCAACUGAGCACAUUACCCUCAGUGCAGAUAAUAAAUAUCAAGCUGUGGUCAAACUGAAGGUGGACCCCAAACUAUUUGAACAUGCCCAAAAUAAACGGCAAGGAGGAGUCCGCCAGAGUCCAUAUAUCCAUUUGCUUGCAGUUUCCACAAAAUAUUUUAAAGAACAGCUAGUCAACAUUUAUGUGUCAACCAAGAGGGGUUACAUUUUCGUCCAGACUGACAAGCCCAUCUAUACUCCAGGGGAGACGGUCAAAUACAGGAUUUUCACUCUAAACCAGUACAUGCUUCCUAUAGAUGAAGAGAUCAACCUUAGAGUAUUUAAUUCCAAAGGCUUAGUAGUCUCUGGCACUUUGGUCAAAUCCAAUGAGAUCAUUCUGCAGAGUGUCAGCAUCCCCGACAUUGAACCAGCUGGACACUGGAAAAUAGAAGCAUAUUUUUCAGGUGCACCUGAAUCCAAUUCCACUGUCCAGUUUGAGGUGAAGGAAUAUGUGUUGCCAACAUACGAGGUGAAGAUUGAAGCAGUAAAACCAUACUACGCACUGAGAGAUGAAAGCUUCCAGUUCUCUGUUUCUGCAAGGUAUACCUAUGGAAAAGAUGUUGAUGGUGUUGCUUACAUCCGAUUUGGAAUUAUCGACCAGGGAGGGAAUAGGACGUAUCUAACUGGUCUGGAGAGACAGGCAACGAUUCAAAAUGGCCGUACAAGUGUCACACUCCUUACUAGUGACUUCCAGCUAAAAGUAAAGGAGACAGACACAGACCCAGAGGGCUGUCAUCUUUAUAUCGCUGUAACAGCCUUGGAGAAGGCCAGUGGAGACAUUGAGGAGGCAGAGACCAGCUCCGUGAAGAUAGUGACAUCACCCUACGUGACUGAUAUGUCCAAGACCAAGAAGUACUUCGCCCCUGGCAGCAAAAUCUCCAUUCUGGCCACAACCACCUACCCUGAUGGCACACCCAUUCCAAACCUGAAACUGAAUGCUGCCAUUACUGUGAAGUUGAUUGACCAAACAGAAAACACCUUUAAUGCGGAGGCGACAGGGUCUAAAGAGGGAGAUAUUCAUUUUCCUUUUGAAGUUCCCAAUCAAGCUACAACCAUAAAUAUCGAGCUAACGGCUGAGGGAGAGAACACAAGCUCUGGACAAAUGACAUUGGAUGCAGUCCAGGCGUCAUCUCAGAGUUAUCUCAGCAUUGAGGUGGAGCACCGCACUAUUGGGCCAGACCAGGAGCUAACUGCUAGCUUCAGGGCUAUCUCUCCAGCAGACACAGCCCGACCCUCUCACAUCUAUUACAUGGUCCUGAGUAAGGGCAAAAUCUUGCAGCUAAAGAGCGUUCCGACCAGUGGAACUGAACUCACAGAAAUCGCCCUGCCCUACAGCACUGACAUGGUGCCCUCUUUCCGUCUGCUUGCAUACUACUACAGAGGCUCAGAUAUAGUGGCAGACUCUGUGUGGGUGGAUGUGAAGGACGUCUGCAAGGGGAAGAUUGAGAUCAGUCCAUUGAAAGACCACAAACCUGCAGAGCUUGUGAAUGUGGAGGUGAGAGCGGACAGUCGCAGUAAAGUUGCAUUAGUUGCUGUGGACUCGGCUGUGUACAUCCUAAACAAACAAAACAAGCUGACCACCCAGAAGAUGUUUGAUUACAUGAACUCUUACGAUUUGGGAUGUUCUAUCGGAGGAGGGAAGAAUCAUGAGACGGUUUUUCAGGAUGUGGGCCUCACUUACAUCUGCAACUGUGACAUGCCAGAGAAAAAAGCCAGGAAGGAUAGUUACUCUUGUCUAACUGAGAAUGCAAAGAUCAAAAGAGCAGUCAAUGACUUCACUAGCAUCAACACUUACAGCAGAAAAGACGACCAAAAGUGCUGUGCUGAUGGCAUCAGGAUAAACCGGAUGGGCUUUACCUGUGAGCAGAGGUUGAGAAGGACAGCUGGCAGGUCCAAACAUUGCCGGGAUGUAUUUCUGAACUGCUGUAAAAAGGCCACCGAGAUGAGAAAGGCAACACGGAGGUAUAGUCUUGCUCGAACCCAGGGUAAUGAGAUGGAGCAAGCCAUUGAUGGGGCAGAUGUUCACCUCAGAAGCUUUUUCCCCGAGUCUUGGAUGUGGGAUCUUUUGGAAACAGAUCAGACUGGCCAGCUCAGGCACUCUGUACCCGCUCCCGAUUCCAUUACAACCUGGGAAAUCCAAGCGGUGGGAAUCUCUCCAAGCAGAGGCUUCUGUGUUGCAGAGCCGAAGAAUCUGAGGGUCUUCCAGGACUUUUUUGUGUCUGUGAAGUUGCCAUAUUCUGUUAAAGUGAACGAGCAGCUUGAGGUGAAAGCUGUGGUGUUCAAUUACAAAGACGAAGAUCUGGAGGUAACGGUGGAGAUGUUGCCUUCCGAGGGCUUGUGUGCGGCAGGGGGAGACAGGGCCAAACAGAGCAUCACAGUUCCAGCCAACUCGGCGUCUUCCGUGUACUUCAUUGUGGUGCCCCUCAACAAGGGCACAUUUCCCAUUACCAUCAAGGCCUACAGCCCAAACCUGUUUGCUGAUCAAAUACAGAAAGAGCUCAGAGUCGAGGGGGAAGGGGAGCUGGUCUCAAUUUACAGUCAGUACACCCUCAGCAAAAAGGCUGACACGCUGGAUUUUGACAUCCCAACACCUUCUGACAUAGUGCCCAAUGAUGAUCCAGAGACUUACAUGAGCUUCAGAGGGGGAGUGAUGGGAGAGUCAGUGGACAACUGCUUGAACCUGGACGGCGUCAGUGCUCUGAUCCAUCUGCCAACGGGCUGUGCAGAGCAGACCAUGUCAACGAUGUCCCCGGCCAUUAAUGCCAUAAAGUUCAUGGAUGCCACUGACCAGUGGAUCAACCUGAAUGCUGCUCGCAGGGAGGAAGCCAAGUCAAUGAUCAAGAGUGGUUACACAAGAAUCCUUACAUACAAGAAAGAGGAUGGGUCGUAUGGGACUUUCGCAUCAUCCCCAAGCAUUAUAUGGCUUACAGCAUUCAUUGCCAAAGAACUCUCCAAAGCCAGAAAGAUCAUUCCCCUCGAGGACUCUUACAUAAAGCAGUCCAUAACCUACAUCAUGUCCAAACAGACAACUGGAGGUGCUUUCAAGGACCCCAACCCUCUUUAUGACAAAGGCCUUCAGGGUGGAGUAGGAGAAUCGUCUGGAGAUGUGGCAUUGACUGCGUACAUCCUCAUAGCACUGAAACAGGCUCUGCCUGUGUUUGAAACCUUUGAAUCGACACAAGUGAUAACGACCAUGGAGAAUGCGCAGGGCUACCUGGAGAAGCAGCUGGACUCCCUGCAGGAGCCUUAUUCUAUAGCCAUCACAGCCUACGCCAUCUCUCUGGCUGAACCUCAGAGCUCCGCGGCAGUCCGAGCCCAGAAGAAGCUGAGAGAUCUGGCCAUCUGCGAUACGAGUAAAGAUAUGUGUUUCUGGGGGCCGAAAAAAGGCCAGCGCCCUGACAUUAGGGCACGAGCAGGCCCUCUGUCUUUGGAGACCACUGCAUACGCCCUGCUUCAGACCCUGUCUGUGGGGGACAAUCAGUACGCCAAGAGAAUCGCCUCCUGGAUAACGGAACAGCGCAAGUUUGGGGGCGGAUUCCUCUCCACCCAGGACACAGUCGUAGCCCUGGAGGCCCUUGUCAAAUACAGCAUGCAGAACAAUGAUGUAAAUGAUCUGGACCUUACCGUGGAAAUGUGUCUUCAAGAUGGUCGAAAGGAUGUGGUGAGACUACGGAAGCAAAAUGCUCUCAUCCAGCCAGCCAUCAAGGUCAUGAAUGGGGGCAAAGUCUCUGUUCGUAUUGAGGGAGAAGGAGACGGCACAUUGUCGGUUGUGCAAUACUACAGGAGUAUGAAUAAGCCAGCCUCUGCCUGUGACGAGUUCUCCCUGAAUGUCACGAUUGAAGGGGAAGUGGAAUAUCAACAGUUUCCAGAGGAUGACCACCUGUAUGAUUAUGGCAACUACGAGGAUGAGGAACCACAAAAGGAUGAGCCGAUGAGCCGGUUGGACUGGUUUGACCUGCGCACCCGAAGGAAGAGACAGGCCCCUGAACAACAGAAGAAGGAGGGGUCUCUGAUCUACACUGUCUGCUUGGGGAUGCUAAACGGGGUGUCUAAAGGGAUGGUUAUCGUGGACAUCUCACUGCUGAGUGGGCUCAUGGCAAAUGUCAAGGACCUUGAGGAGAAUAAAAAGGGCACAGAGAAGUACAUCGAUCACUACGACCUGGCAUCUAACAGAGUGUACCUCUACUUCAACCAAAUCACAGACACAACAGAAUGUCUUCAGUUCAGAGCAGAACAGACAGUGCCUAUUGGACUAGUCCAGCCAGCUGCUGCUGUUAUCUACGACUACUACGAACCAGACAAAAGAUGUGGAAUUUUCUACAGUGCACCCCGCAAGAGCACUAUGGUUUCCAAGCUGUGUGUCGGAGAUACAUGCACUUGUGCAGAGGGUGCCUGCCCUACUGCUAAAGUGACUUUCAGUGCAAACAUGCAGUCAAGCACGCGCAGUGAAUUUGCCUGUUUCAAGGUCAUGGUUGAUUAUGUUUAUGUUGUUAAGGUGGGUGAGCCAACAGAUGAUGGCGUCUUCAAAUAUUACCCUACAGAAGUGACCAAAGUUCUUCAAGUAGGCAAAGAUGAACCAAUUCGUAGUGGUGCAACGCGUGAGCUUGUUCAAAGAAAAUCUUGUGUAGACUUUGACUUGACCACGGAAGCCGAGUACCUGUUCAUGGGUACUAAUGCAGCCGUCACACACACUGUAGAUGCCAACGGAAGCCCUAGGUACUUCCUGAGCAAAGACACGUGGCUGGAGAAGAUUCCGGGAGAGAUCCAGUGCCGGGCCACCAGGAAUCGGAAGGCCUGCCAGCUGCUCCAGAGCUUCAUGACGCAGUACGAGAUGAACCGCUGCGACAACUGAACCCGGGCUGACGUACACAUAACAUGCAGCUCAUGUCCUGUCUUUUUAAGCAGAUGCUUUUACUUCAAAUGACCCACAGUGUGUUAAAGUUCAUGUACCUCUGCAGUAUUUGUCUAUCUUGGGAGUUUAGUCAGUGUCUUAGGAGGAUGUUCAGUGGAUGCUUCAGUUACGUCUGUGAGGACAGUUUCACAUAAAAAAAAAAAGGAGUGACUACAUAUAUUUUUGAAUCUAUGUCGUAAUAACAAGACCAGAGAUCAGUGUAUCGGUAAACCAUGUGCUUUUAUUACCAGUGCAUAUUGACAGAAAUAAAAUCAUGGUUGUAUCAGUCAACAUAGUGUAUGUAAUGCAACAGGGUGGCCCUGGGAAGGUAGCAGUUACAUUCCAAAAGUCCAGCACCCUGACCUUCAGAACAGAACCAGACACAACAGAACUGUGGAGGAUUGGCAAAAAGGAGAGGUCUCUGCGGCCGGGGGUUUGCCACGGCAGGAUAAUGGCAGGCACAGAAAAAGAAAACGUUUCUCAUCUAACACAAUAGUGUUCCCAUUACAUGUCUGUGAAAUGUUUCAUCUUUGCAGUUGUGCAUGGUUGUGUGUGUGAACGAUCCUUUUCAUGUUGUCGAAACUGAAAUCGGUACAUUUCUUUGUCUUUUAACUACAAGUUGUGAAAUUCACAGUUGCCUGUUGACCGCAGGAUGAGAAUAAUUGAGGGUCAUGUGUUUCUGAUGGCUGAAGAUAUAUGAAGAAAGGUGAAGAGUGUGGACAUGCGUGUCUGUUCUCAUGGAACCAUCUUGCAAUAAUCAACAGUUUUACAUUCACUCCCAACAGAUAAAUAAUUAGUUUGUUUCACAUUUACAAUAAACUAUUCGAACAACCCCUUUCAUGUUAUUGCACAAUUUACAAUGAAUCCGUAAAAAGACUUAACAUUCCACUUGCAGUAAUGGGAUACUGUACGAGUAAAAAGGUGGCAUAUCCUUGUGAAUUCCUGUAUAACCCAACACCUUGACCUAAACUCCCGCCCUCUGUCCAAGCUUCUCUAUGUCCAUUUAUUAAAGCAUAUAUGAAUGA